GCAGCAGCACUAGCAGCGGCGGCGGGCCGGGCCGGGCAUGGAAGUGGAGAAGAUGGAUGAGAAUGAAUGGAAGUAUCACGGGGAAGGGAACCAGAGCCUCGUCGUCUCCCACUGCCAGCGCUGCGUGGUGCUGCGGUUUUUGAAGUCCCCCCCAAACCAGAACAAGACUUCAGAGGAAAUACUCCACCAUCUGCAGAACAUUGUAGACUUUGGAAAACAUGUCAUGAAGCAGUUCUUUGGGGAGAACUAUGUGCAUCACGGGGAAAUUAUUCAACUGCCUUUAGACUUUGUAAGACAGCUCUGUUUAAAAGUUCAGCCAGAGAGGCCAGAGUCUCGCUGUGACAAAGACAUGGACACUCUUAGUGGCUAUGCAAUGUGCCUUCCUAACCUCACCAGGCUGCAGACCUAUCGUUUCGUGGAGCACCGGCCCAUCCUCUGCAUCGAGAUCAAGCCAAAGUGUGGCUUCAUUCCUUUUUCCAGCCAUGUUUCACAGGAGAUAAAGCACAAGGUGUGUCGUUACUGUAUGCAUCAGCACCUAAAGGUAGCGAACGGCAAAUGGAAGCGACCAAGUAAAUACUGCCCGCUCGACCUCUUCUCAGGAAAUAAACAGAGAAUGCACUUUGCUUUGAAGAGCUUAUUACAGGAGCCACAGAACAACUUGAAGAUAUUUAAGAACGGGGAACUAAUUUAUGGCUGUAAAGAUGACCAGGACAGUGUCUGUGACUGGAACGAACUUGCUCGUCACUUAAAACCCUUCUUCUUCCCUUCCAAUGGCUUGGUCAGUGGGCCCCACUGCACAAGGACAAUUGUCAAAGAGCUCAUCCACGUUAUAACUAUGGCCCUACUAAGUAGUACUGAUGCCUGCAGGGCAGGUGAUAUGAAGACAGUUCCCAUUUCACAAGGAAGAAGCUACUGUGAAGCAAGUGCUUUUAAUAAGGAGCUAGUAAGAAAUGGUAAACAUAAAUUGGAAAGCUCUGGCUUACCGAGGGGUUGUCUCCUUUAUAAAACCCUUCAGGCUCAGAUGCUUGACAUGCUGGAUAUUGAAGGACUCUAUCCUUUGUACAGCAGAGUGGAACAGUACUUGGAGGAGUUUCCUGAAGAGAGGAGCACACUGCAGAUCGAUGGACCUUACAACGAGGCGUUCUACGAGAAGCUGCUGGACCUGUCAACUGAAGAUGAUGGCACAGUAGCUUUUGCCCUAACAAAGGUGCAGCAGUACCGAAUAGCAAUGACUGCUAAAGACUGCUCCAUCAUGAUUGCCCUUUCCCCCUGCCUACAAGAUGAAUGCUCUGAGCAAAGACCUGUGGUACUAACGUCCAAAUCAAGAUUCACCUUUUCUGUCUCUGUGCUGGACCUCGACCUCAAACCAUACGAAAGUAUUCCUCAUCAGUACAAACUUGAUGGCAAGAUAGUAAACUAUUAUUUGAAGAAUGUACAGGCCAAAGAUGACCCUGUCAUGUCCAGUCUCUUCAAGGAGAAUGAAGACUGCACAUUAGUUCUCCAUAAAGUGUAACUGUUUCCUUAAGGUUAUUUUUAUUCAGCUACAUUAGGAAGUGAAAGAGUAAUGGAAUACAAUUAUGGUGAUUUUAGUUUGUUUGGUUUUUUUCCCCCCUAUUGUGUUCAGUGCAUUUUUCAGCUGUGAAUGUUUUUGCUUUAAGAAAUGAUUUCUAAUGGGUAUGCCUUCUCAGAGACAUGGAAUAGCACUAAAACACACAUUCACUAUAUAACCUUAAUGAAUGUAUUCAAUAGGACAGAGCAGAGUGUGUGCCAUACCUUGGAACUAGAGGAGAGAUCAGACAAAUACUGAAAACCUACUUCCUUAGAAGUGAGAGAGCACAGAAUUAAAGGUAUCUGAAAUAUUGCACUAACGUAGAAAACCCAGUUACUAACAAGAGAAUUGCCUUGGAGCUUGUGCUUUGAGUCUCACUCAUGCCUAGUAGGAAGAGGGAAUGCUCUGACAAAACCAAUAUAUACCUUUAGCAUUAAGUCCACUGAAAACAGAAGUGGCUACUCAAGUGUUCCUGACCUGUGGCAGGACUGUGUCACUGCAGAACACUUUCAAGUACAAACGUGUGAGAUCAGGAACAGCAGACUGCCUUCAGAAGUUCUGUGAUCACCUCGUAUCUACCUAGAGCUUCUGGAAUGAAAUGGAAAGGGUUAAAGGUGAAGCUCUUUCAGGUUUUUAUGUGACAGCUUGGCUCAACUCCUCUAACAUACUGGUCUUGUCUUUUCUGUACGUGAUAUGCUGCUAUUGAAGGUGAAACCACAGCUCGCUCUUACCUAAGUGAAGCUGAGCUACAAGAAUAAUAUAUUCUGAGCUUUUCAGGUGAUUUCAGGUCUUUCAGAUUGUGUCAGGCAUUGACAUUAUGAUGUCCCACAUACUGCAUGUCAUCAGCAGCUGCUUUCAGGCUCAUUUCUAAGUGACACAAAAAAGGUGACAGUACCUGAUUCUGUGAAGCUGCAGGGGCUCACUCCUCAGGAUGGUCACUGGAGCUAAGCUUGCAUCACUGCUGCAGCUUUCUAAGGUGGGAACAGCUGAAGCCUUCUGCUAUGCUGCGGUAAAAGCCAUCCUCAAGGGAGAGCCCCAGCUGGAGACUGAGGAGAUGGUCAGA